UGGCGCUUUGGAGGAAAGGUGUUUGAUGAUAGUCAGGGCUACUGAUUAAUUUCCUUUAGCUAGGUUCUUUUAAAUAACACUAAGAUACAUACUUCAAAGAUGAUAGGUCGUGAAAGGUGAUCGCUUCUUUUGUCUCUAUGGACAACGGAGCACGACAUUUGGUGGCGGUGUUUGCUGUCGUCAGCUGAAACUGUUAGCAUUGACAUGCUAGCUGAAGCUAGUUAGCUGGCUAACAGCAAGUCGCCAAACAGACAGAAAAUAUGCUUGUUUAUGUAGCCUACACUGACGUUAAACUCGUUAUAAUCAAUGAUUAAAACACUUUAUUCAGCAUCAUAUCCGCCAUUUGUUGUUUAGUACGACGAUUCCAAUUAGCUAACAUUUCGUUAGCAAAGCUAGGAGGAUGGAGAGCCGCCAUGGAUAUGUUUUGUUGCUGGCCAGUGGGAUUUUUCUGUCGGCGUUUUGGGUGUCUGAAGGUGCCCCUCUUCAGUAUCCUCACGAAUCAGGUGGAAGCACAGGGGACACUGUGUCUGUGUCUCUCUACCUGUCCCUGGUGGUGUCACUGACGGCGCUUGUGGCCUUGGUGGUGUUGCUAGUGAACUGUGUGACCUGCUGCAAGGAAAGGGAGAUCAACUUCAAGGAGUUUGAGGACCACUUUGAUGAUGAGAUCGAUUUCACCCCACCGGCAGAGGACACGCCUUCUAUGCAGUCCCCAGCCGAGGUGUACACCCUGGCUGUGUCCCCUGUGGCCCUGCCUGGACCCCCACACCUCCAACCUCCUGCCCGCAUUACAGAGGGAUCCACAAGCUUCCAGGUUGCACGUCACAAUCUGAGUUAUAUCCAGGAGAUCGGCAAUGGCUGGUUUGGCCAGGUCCUUCUGAGUGAAAUCUACACAGAUCCAGGUGGAGCUAGAGUGGUGGUGAAGGAGUUAAAAGCUAAUGCAAGUGCCAAGGAGCAGAAUGAUUUCCUGCAGCAGGGGGAUCCAUACAGAGUGCUGCAGCAUCCAAACAUCCUCCAGUGCCUCGGACAGUGCGUUGAGGCCAUUCCCUUCCUGCUCGUCUUUGAGUACUGUGAAAUGGGCGAUUUGCGGGGCUAUCUGUCUCAGCAGGAUUGGAUGUUCAGAAAUGCUGAGUUGCUGCAGCUGCAGAGGAUGGCCUGUGAAAUUGCUGCUGGUGUCACUCACCUUCACAAACACAACUUCCUGCACAGUGAUUUGGCUCUGAGGAACUGCUACCUGACUGCAGAUCUCACUGUCAAAGUGGGCGACUACGGAAUUGGACCCUACAGAUACAAAGAGGAUUACAUCAUCACAGAGGAUGAUGUGUUUGCUCCCCUUCGUUGGCUGGCUCCUGAGCUGGUGGGCGAGCGCCAUGGAGGUGUGAUUACUAUGGAGCAGACCAAGCCCAGCAAUGUGUGGGCCUUGGGGGUGACAUUGUGGGAACUCUUUGAGAAUGCUGCUCAGCCGUACCCUCAUCUGUCAGACCGUGAGGUUCUCAAUCAUGUGAUCAAGGAACAACAAGUCAAACUCUUUAAGCCACAGCUGGAACUGCCUUAUUCUGACAGAUGGUAUGAAGUCCUGCAGUUCUGCUGGCUAUCCCCAGACAAGCGGGCUACAGCAGAGGAAGUCCAUCGUUUGCUUAUCUACCUGCGCAUGCAAGGCCAGAAGGACAUAGAAGAAGAUUUUGAGCAACGCUGGGAUGCUCUGAAGCCUAACCCCUCCACACGGCAGACCACUGUUAGCCACUCAUCUUUCCCUAUCUUGGAACAGUUUGCUGAUGAUGCCUUGCGACAAGAGAUUGAUGAAGUUCUUACUAUCACUGAAACUAGCAAAGGUCUCAGCUUUGAGUAUGUUUGGGAGGCAGCUAAGCAUGACCACUAUGAUGGCAACCAAUGCCGCUCAGGCAUGGACACAACAUUGAACUACCACAGCAUGUUCUUUCCUGUUUCUAGUGAAGAUAUCCAGGCUCAUUUCCCUGAUCCUGUAGCCAGAGCAGCAGGCACAGAAAGUGGCAACACUCCAUCGGGAAUACCUGGAAUUGUACCAGUGUUUGAUGCACAGAAGCCAUCUAAUGGAAAUGAAUAUUACAUACAACUAGAAGAACAAGGGGAGAGCACUGUUGGGGAUGAUGGGACUAGAGGACAAGACGUGGACUUCAGUUCAGGUCGGCAAGACUUUGUUGUUCUGCAAGAUGUUCGCCUGGAUGAGUCUAGCACUGAUGCUGACUUUUUCCACCAAAGCAUCGACUCCAAGGAUUCCUAUUUACCAGAUAGUCACAUCUGGUCAUCUCUUGAAAAUGACAGCCCAUAUCACACCAACAUUUUCACAGAGACAGAGUCCAGGCAAGAGGACUCCCCUUCCUGGAGACAGAGUUUUAUGGAGCUUCCAGAGCGCAAUGGGAACCCUUUCCAUGAAGGUGCAGCAUUAGAGGUCCAGGAGGCAGAUGAAGAUAAACGCUAUGGGGAUUCUUUUUUAGGGGAUUGUUCAGAAGCCACUCACCUGGUGGCUCCCGUGAAAGUGGAGGGGGAGAACACAGACGUGAUGAGGCUUCUGAACACUGAAAAACUAGCCGACAACUUUUUGUUUCUCAAGGACCAGAACCUGAUGAAAGAUGGAUCUAGUUUCUCAAGUCCGCAGCAGAAUUUUCUUUCACCGGGCAUAGCCCACGAACCAGAAGAAACCUUCAAAAUGAGUUCUUGGGACAACCUUGAGACUUCAGGCAGCUUAAACACAGCAGAUACUUAUUUAAAACCUGCAGCAAGUAGCACAUCCUCAAGACAGGAUUUUUUAGACUCUCCAAGUACCAGCAUGGGGGAGUUAAGUCAGUGUCUGGUAGAAAAUGAAACACUGGUGCCUUCCAUUACAGUGGUCACAGAAGAUAACACAAGCAACCAGCUGCCAGUUAGAAAUAGUUCUUCCACCGAAGACCUUGGUCUGCUGCAAUCCUCAGACAGAGGUAUGGACUCUGGUUUUGAUUCUACCUCAGAGAGGUUUGAGGUUAUCAUUAGUCAAACUGAUGACCACACCCCUGCGUUCUCUGAAAGUGCCACCACAGACUCAUUGUGCACAGAUGCCAAAAUUCCCAGCCUUGAAGACGACCUUGGAACCUCAAAUGGUAGUUCUCAGCUCGUAGCAAGCAAAAUGCCUGAAAACCUGCAAGUCCAAGCCUUGUCCCCAGACAAAGGACACAGUGACGACCUAACCAGCAACGAUCUCUUGAGUGAAUUAAUUGAGGAUGCAGAUAUAGAACUGGAAACCACGCUGUCCGACCACGAAGAAACCUUUAUAGACACUAAUGGGAGACCUCUUGUGAGAUCUUCUCUGUUGGUCUCUGGACCAUCUUUGGACCAGAUUAGCCAGGACAGCUUACUUGAAGACAGUAUGUCCAACACUCUACCAACUGUCGAUAAUUCAGCCGAGACACCGGACUCUCUAGACUCCCUUGACAUCCACAGGAUUGGGGAACAGGGAGAAGAGCUGAACGGUCAAAUAGCUCAACACAAACUCCAGCCUCCAUACAAAAUAUCAGACAGUGGGUAUGAGACUGAGAACCUAGAGUCUCCCGAGUGGAAUUUUCAGCCUAAUGUCAAAGACCACUCCCAUGUAAAAAAUGGCAACGGUGUUGCCAAAGAAGAAGAGCAUACAGAAGAGUGCACAGCGGCAACGAAUCUGGUUCCACCAGAAAUCAUCAUUUCUGAAGUAGAGGGUGCGCUUGAUACUGAGAGUGAGGAUUCCAGUGAGGGCCAGCAGCUGGAUCACGCAGGUCCUGCUGAGGAGCCGCUCAUGGGCAGUAAUUACAGGGACUCUGCCUACUUCUCAGACAACGAAUCAGAACCUGAAAAGAAGUCUGAAGAGGCGACUGGAGGUUCUGCUGAAGUCCCAUGGCUGAGGAACUCAACUAACGAGGUCAGCGGGGUCUCUGCAGGUCCGGCACCAGAGGUUAAUGAGGAGAGAGAUACAGGUUCUUUAUUUUCCCAGCAAAAUUCUUCAGUAGCUGAUGAAGCACAGGAUGACGUUGGAGAAACUCCUGUUGGGAGCAUUUCACCAGAGGCAGACUCAGAUGUCACAGAGAAAUGUGAAAGGGAGGCGACCAACAGCCAAAAUGAAGAUGGAAACAAAUCAGAGCUUUUCAAGGGUGUGACAUCUCCUGAUCAGCCGGACCUGUCAGAGGAUUCACAAACCUCAACUCCACUUCCUUCUUCUACUCCAUUAGAGCUGGCACCAGAGACAGCAGUUCAUGCUAAACUAACCAGGACCUACGCCAGUGACGGUCAUAAAAUUAAAGAGCCAGACAUGGAGGGGCGCUACCUGGGGAGGCGGGAUGGCUCGGGUUUAGACGUCCAGGAAGAUGGUGUGGAUGCUGACGAGGAGGACGAGAACAGCGAUGACUCUGAUGAUGACAUUCGUGCUUAUCACUUAAACAGCUCCAGCUCAGAAAGCGAGGAUGAUGCUGUACAUACAGUGCCGGUUAUUGUCUCAGAUGACAGUAGUGCAAAGAACCUGAAGAGCUUGUUGAAACCCACCACACUAAAAAUCGAGGCAUCGUCCUCCUCGUUUCCUGUGAGGUGCAAUGCAGAUAACUCCAGAAGAGCUGUGUCCUUCUUCGAUGAUGUCACUGUCUACCUGUUUGACCAGGAGACUCCCACCAAGGAACUGGGCGACCACUCCUCAGGCUCCAACAGUCAGGUACCAGAGUUCAGCAGCCCAGUGCCCACUGCCAGCUACCUGAACCGGUUCGCCAACUCUGAAAGCUCCACAGAUGAAGAAGGUGGCGGUUUUGAGUGGGAUGAUGACUUCUCCUCCCCUGCGCCUGCCUUCCUGCCCAAGACAGAUAAAGACCCAGCAUCCAAGGCGAUGUCCUCAUCUGCAGCAUCUCGCUUUUCCUCUCCGCCCCCCGCAGCAGGGUGCGUGCUGGAGCCCAGCUGGACCAGCUCCUCAAACUACUCCCGGUUCUCCAUCUCACCCGCCAGCAUUGCUAGCUUCUCCCUUACACAUCUUACUGACUCCGACAUCGAACAAGGAGGAAGCAGUGAAGAUGGAGAAAAAGAUUAGUGUGAUAAAUGAAGGAGACCAUUUAUCAUCACACUCUUGAGAAAUGAACCUAUACUCGCACUUUUUGGGAACGGACAACGGCAGAAUAAAGACAAAUGACGCGGUUUGUGGGACAAACCGUGGAUGCUUCUCUCAGGCAGAACUGUUCAUCAUGGAGUUGGCCAUGAGAACAAAGGCUGUAAACUGACUUUCAGCAAAUAAGACAGACAAGGCCCUGUCCCAGUCUGAGCCACAUCACCUCUCCAGCUACAUCAUUGUGUGUGAUUUCAGUUCAGUGCAAUUCCACUUUGGGAAAAAAACAAAACGGGCCUAGCUUCUAAAUGUUUGCUUUAAAAACUCAUCAAGCGCAUUCCAAGUGUUUCGCUGCUUCUUUUCGUUGUGUGUCUAAGUGCACUCCUUCUCCAGGACUUUGUGCAUCACCAAAAAAAAAAAAAGAAAAACAAAAAGACUUUUUAUGUUUUGAAUUAAUGGACACACUGGGCUGGCAAACCUAUCACUACAGCCAAAUAGGGAUAAGCUCUUUGAUUUCAGCAGACCUAAAACUGAAGAUACAAGCUUUUUUUUUCUGUAACGUUGUAAUUUUGCCCCUUCAUGUUGUGCGAUUAUUUCAGUGGUUGCCUUUUUUUUUUGUUUGGGGGGAAGAGUGAUUUGUCUUUCGUAACCUUUUGCUCCUUACUGGAGAGCAUGGUAUCCUUCUGUAGCAGCAUUUGUGAAAGAAGGGUUGAAAUUUAGGAAGCGCCAUCCAUGCAUAGGAUGAUUGGAUAACAAACAAUCCCUCAUCUACAGAGGUGACACUGUAUGCUCCUUUACUUAUGUUUGAAAGGAGCAUUUACAGUAAGUAGUUUCAUAUUUUGAGACAUCUCAGUAAGAAUUGCGGGUGUUAUUUGACAAUUGUCGUAUUAAUCCUUAAAGGCAGUUAUUCGAGUGAAAGACAGUUUUGAGGAAAAACUGAAACACGUUUCUUUUAGGUUGUAACACUUUAUUUUAUGCUCUAAAAUGUGCAGCAAGUUGCUUGGAUGGUUUGUGUCUCAACUACUUGUCACUGGGUUUUAGCACAGUGCAUGUUGAUGCUGUAAAGACGGCUGCACUCCUCCAUUUUUUUUUAACACUACAAAACUUUCAAAUCACACGUGAAGUAAGAUUGUGUAAAAAGCGGGAGAUUUUAUUUUUUAAAUGUAAGAAUGAAGAAAUGUGUUGAGCUAUUUCUAAACAAAUGUGCAAUGAAUUUCAUGAAUUGGUUGAAAUUUGCGUAGGAGUUCACAGGAUGACCUGCUGAAGGUGGUGGCGUUUCUUCAGAAAUGUGCAGGGACUUAAAGUUUCAUGAAAAAAAAAGAAAUCACUACUAGAACAAAAAAAUACUGCUGCUUUUAUCAACUUCAGUGUCAUGAGUUGUCUUGCCUUUUUUUGUUUUGUUUUUUUCAACUUGGUGUCAAACUUAAUUAACCCCUUCAGAUGGCAUUUUCUUCCUAAAUGACCCUUUUGUGCAGUUGACAUAUUGAGCAUUUCGUCAUUGUAUCUUAUCAUUUUCAGGCCAUCCAUUGUUUCUGUGGCUGUACAGGAUUGGUUGGAGGUGUGUAUGUGUGCGUGUGCGUGCGUGUGUGUGUGUGUGAGAUGAUCCCUUUCUGUAUUGAAGCAUAAUGGAAAUGGUUUUGGACUGAGAUAUGCUUCCUCCCCCCCAAAUUUUUAUGUACAGCUAUAAAAUCAGUUAUUUGAAACUGUAGGUUAUACAGUUGCUGUAUGGUUCUUUCCUUUUAAUGACUCAAACACUUUAAAAUUUUUGUCACUGACAACCUGGUGAACAGUUAUACUUCACUUGUAGUAGUUAAUGCCCAUAUACCCCGGCCCGUACAGAAGGCACUGUAUCUUAGACGAUGUUAACCUCUGUUAAAAACCAGCAGCCUGUGCUUCAGUUAAACUUGAACGUUUAUUUAAGGAAAUCUUGUUUUAUUUGACUACAGUAUACAUUUGCUUAAUCUUGCACAUUUGAGAAAUGUAACUUAAUGUUGAACUGUACUGAUGUAUAUAAAUGUUAAUUUUUUUUCGUCUGUAAAUGGGAAAUGAUGUAACUGAGUUAUAGGUAUGAGGUUUCAUUUUGUAACUUAAAACUGAGUUGAUCAGAGGAACAUAUCACAGUCAUCAGCUAAAACGCAGUUAAAUUAAGACACAGAAGCGGAUGUGAAUUCAUUCUGUCCUUUAAACUUGUAGAUUUAAAAAAAAAAGAUAUUUUUACUUCAUAUUGAUCAUGCUUAGUGUAACUGAAUGAAAUGUUUAUAAUUACAUUGUUUAAUAUGAAAAUAAAUGCAAAUGAACUUCUAAUCAUGGCUGGUAUGUGAC